ACUACGUUUCGUUUUCCUUUCCGUGCCGUUUUUUAAACAUUCCCGCUGUCAAAUUAAUUGCUGUCAAGUCGCACUCGGUUGUAAUUAAAGGUAUUUCUCAUUAAACACUGAUUUAUCAUAACAGAAUAUCGGACGUCAGAGACACAAAGGAAUUUUUACUUCAGAUACAUCGUCAGAAUUGAUCAGCUUUUAAAGACUCAAGGAAUGACAUUAUACAUCAUAAAUAUAAACCCGUUUAUAUAACAUAAUCUGUGGUGAAUUUCAGUGAAAUAUUUCUUCUGAUCUGAGGUUAAUAGCAACGUUUCUCUACUUUGCUGUCUGGGAUAUAUACAGAAUGAUACUGGAUUUUAAUUGAACUUGAAGAAAUCUAUGAAGGAGUUUGCAAAGAUCUUCUGAUCUUGACCAAGAUCAGAAUUGAUAAAAAAGAUCAUCAGCGUCAUCAUUGUCAUCAUCAUGUUAGUGUCCACUUUUCUAUGCUUUUAAGGGUCAGGCAGAUUUUUUACAGCUGGGUGCCUUUCCUGUCUGCAACCCUCAUCAGUUUCCAAACAAGGUGAUAUUUUUCUCAUGGCUGGACAUGGAUAAUUAGAAAUGAAUAACACUGCUUGUAUGACAGUGAAACUCGUUUACGACUAUAAUGUGAUGUCCAGGCAAGGAGACAGCAGUAGAAAUAUUUCUGCCAACACAGAAAUAUAUGAAAAAAAGAAGUAAAAUGAAGAGAAAUGUUUUUAAUUUGUGGUAAUAUAGAAAACAUUACAGAACAAUGAAUUAUAUGACAAAUGCAAAGGAUUCGGUUAAUACUGAAGAGAAGAUGGAUGAUGCAGAAAAACCAUCUUAUUCUGAAAUCUGUACAAUGUCCUUCCCUCAGAAUUUUAACCUUCCCACUCACCAAUAUUUUCACUUUGAAGAUAAGCCGUAUCAUUGCGGCGUCUGUGGCAAAUCAUUCGCUCAGAAUUGUGACUUAACUAAACACAAACGCAUCCAUACGGGGGAGAAACCAUAUCGCUGUGAUAUCUGUGGUGAAUCCUUCUCAGCUAGCAGUACCUUAACUACCCACAGAUACGUUCACACAGGAGAGAAACCACAUGUCUGUGACACAUGCGGUGAAGCGUUCACGCAGAAAGGUAUCCUAGGUCAACACAAACGGAUUCAUACAGGAGAGAGGCCUUAUCUCUGUGAUGUCUGCGGGAAAGCUUUCUCUCUGAACAGUAACUUAACGAAACACAAGUAUAUUCAUUCAGGAGAGAGGCCGUUCCACUGCGACAUCUGUGGGAAAUCUUUCACUGAAAGUAGCACUUUAACUAAACACAAACGCAUUCAUACAGGUGAGAAACCCUACCCCUGUAACAUCUGUGGUAAAUCAUUCUCAGGAAGUAGUCAUUUAAUUACACACAAAUAUAUUCAUACAGGGGAAAAACCAUACGACUGUGAUAUCUGUGGUAAAUCAUUCUCUCAGAUAAGUACUUUAAAUAAUCACAAAUUUAUUCAUACAGGUGAGAAGCCUUAUCAGUGUGAGACUUGUGGUAAAUCAUUUGCUCUGAAUGGUCACUUAACGAGACACAAAUACAUUCAUACGGGAGAAAAACUAUAUAAAUGUGAUAAACCAGUCUCACAAGAAGUUAGUUAACCAAAUGUUUAUUUUUUUUUUGUUAUGGCCGGGUUCCAACCUGGGUCCCUGGGUUGCAGCUACGAAGACCACUCACCACACUUCUUGGUCCCUCAUCACUGCCUCAAGGUCCUGGAUGCAUCCCAGGCCAGUGUUUGCGAUCAAGUUGUCGGUGUGUGAUGAUAUUUUCCUCUUCCAGCAUCACCAUGAAGUGGGUUCCUCAAGACUUAAUUUGGAUGCUUUCAACAAAGGAUGGCACACGCAGUAACCAGAUAAUCACUUCUAUCUUUGCUUGAUUUUCUCACUAACUUUGGCCAGGUCUCCAUAAAGGCAUUCAUUCAUCAUAUGUUGACGUUGUUUCACAUUUAGGGCCAUUCAUAUCAUCCUUGUAUAGAAUCCAUUUAGCGCCUUUGAUAAUUUCUUUGUCAGUGUCCAUGUUUCACUGCCAUAUGUGUAUAAUACGCACCCCUUCUCUAAUUGAGUCAAGGAGGUCUAUAUAACAUCCUUGGUUUGUAAAAAU